AUGUUGUAUAUCAUCGUACUCUCUUAUGAUCGACAGUCCCAAACUUGGUUGCACACCAUAAUCAUGGCAGAAGUAGCAAAGGCAGAUGAUGAUGUUUUCUACUCUCCAGACUCACAAUUUCUGGGAAAGAACACAGAUAAUAAUGGUGAGGAAAACAUAAGACUUUGCGUUCUUUCGAUGAGAACCACUCUUGAAAAACAAGAUCCCUCUGCAAAGGAUUUAGAUGAUUCAACACUGAGAAGGUUUCUUCGCGCACGCGAUCUCAAUGUUGAUAAAGCUGCAACGAUGUUGCUGAAAUACUUGACAUGGAGGCGGACCUUCAUGCCAAAGGGUUUCAUUACAACAUCAGAGAUUUAUAAUGAAAUAUCACAAAACAAGAUGUUCAUGCAAGGGAAGGACAAGCAAGGGCGCCCCAUUGCAGUUGUUUUUGGCUCCCGUCAUUUUCAAGGAGACACAGAUGAAUUCAAACGUUUUUUGGCAUUUGUUUUGGAUAAGCUGUGUUCCAGGAUGCCUGAAGGACAGGAAAAGUUCACUACUAUAGCAGAUCUAGAAGGGUAUGGCUAUUGCAACAGUGAUGUCCGCGCAAACCUCACAGCUAUUUCAAUCCUACAGGAUUACUACCCAGAAAGACUUGGAAAAGUGUUUGUCAUUCAUGUACCCUACAUUUUCAUGACCAUGUGGAAGAUCAUUCAACCAUUCAUCGACAAGAAUACCAGGAAGAAGAUUGUGUUUGUGGAGAACAGCAGACUGCACGCCACUUUGCGAGAGGACAUUGAUGAAAACCAGCUUCCAGAGAUCUAUGGAGGCAAACUGCAGCUGGUUCCAAUCCACAAUAACUAGCGCUGAUCGUCACAAAGAUUUUAUUGACCCAGAAACACGUCAAGCUUAUCACAUUAAUAUCAUAUAUUCAUAUACGUGACAAUGACAGGAUAAACUUCAUUUUUAAAGCAAGGUGUCACCACCUUGCCCUUGCAAAUCUUCAUUGUGCAACAUUUGCUCAGUUAA